GUACUCGGCUCCUAUAUAUAUACACACAUCUUCUCCCUCCAAAUCCAAACCAAUAGAUCUCAUUCUCAUACACAAACAGAAAAACAUUCCCAGCUAGCUAUACAUCCAAAUCGAUCAAAACUCACCACAAAACAUACUUGCUUUCUAUUCAAACUCACCUCAGAGAAAAAUGGAGAAUAUGUUUAGACUCAUGGCAAGCGAAGAAUAUUUACCAGACCGUCGGUGUAUUUGGGUUAACGGUCCGGUUAUCGUAGGAGCAGGCCCGUCCGGUUUAGCUACAGCAGCUUGUCUUCGUGAACAAGGAGUCCCAUUCGUCGUGGUCGAAAGAUCAGACUGCAUAGCUUCGCUUUGGCAAAAACGGACGUACGACAGACUCAAACUCCACUUGCCCAAAAAAUUCUGCCAAUUGCCUAAAAUGUCCUUCCCGGAUCACUACCCUGAAUACCCAACAAAACGACAGUUCAUCGAUUACCUUGAGUCGUACGCAAACAAGUUCGAUAUCAAACCGGAGUUCAAUAAAUCAGUCGUAUCUGCCCGGUUUGACGAAACCAGCGGGUUAUGGCGGGUUAAGACGACGACACCAGCCGGAGAGGAGAUGGAGUAUAUCUGCCGGUGGUUGGUGGUGGCAACGGGCGAAAACGCAGAGCGUGUUGUGCCGGAGUUAAACGGGCUUAAGACGGAGUUUGACGGAGAAGUGGUCCACGCUUGUGAGUAUAAGUCCGGCGAGAAAUAUAGAGGGAAGAGAGUUCUCGUCGUGGGAUGUGGAAACUCCGGCAUGGAGGUCUCACUCGAUCUUGCUAAUCACAAUGCUGUUGCUUCCAUGGUGGUUAGAAGCUCGGUUCAUGUGUUACCAAGAGAAAUAAUGGGAAAAUCAAUAUUCGGAAUCUCAGUGAUGUUGAUGAAGUGGCUACCUCUAUGGCUCGUUGAUACGCUUCUGCUCAUCUUAUCGUGGCUGGUUCUAGGGAGCUUAUCAAAGUAUGGGCUCAAAAGGCCCAGCAUCGGCCCAAUGGAGCUCAAAAGCAUGACCGGAAAAACACCGGUUCUAGACAUCGGUGCUCUGGAGAAAAUAAAGUCCGGCGAAGUGGAUAUCGUCCCCGCGAUCAAACGGUUCACACGAUGCCACGUCGAGCUCGUAGAUGGACAGAGGCUAGACAUCGACGCCGUGGUUCUCGCCACCGGUUACCGCAGCAACGUUCCUUCUUGGCUUCAGGAAAGUGAUUUCUUCUCGAAGAACGGGUUCCCUAAAUCGCCGUUUCCAAACGCGUGGAAAGGGAAGUCGGGUCUGUACGCGGCCGGAUUCACGAGGAAAGGAUUGUCCGGAGCAUCUGCAGACGCCGUUAACAUCGCUCAAGACAUUGGAAACGUGUGGAGAGAAGAGACCAAACGCCAGAAGAUGAGGAGAAACGUGGGUCACCGAAGAUGCAUUUCAGUUGCUUAAACCUCAAGUCAGGGAGGUUUUACUAGUAUAAAACAUUAUUUUAUUUAUUUGUAAAAAAAAAGAAUAUGCUACCAAGGUGAAAAAUGUGUAAUAGUGCAAAGAGAGCCCUCUCCUGAAGUCCCCAGUGUUUUUUUUAUUACACGCUGUGGGCAUUUUGUAUUAGUUUAGGAUGACGUGGCUCUCCUUUUCUUUUUAAUACACUGUACUUGUUAAUUUUUCUGUAAUAAAUUUUUGAA